AUGGAUACAAACCCCAUUGACUACAGAAUAUUUCUGAACAAGUUCCUGGAUAACAAGCCUAAAGAUUUUCUUAUUGAUGAUAUCAAUAUUGAUGAUAGUGACGAUAUUGAUGCUAGUGACGAUAUAGAUCGUGACCUUGAUACGGAGCUGGAGCUGCUAACUAUGAUGAAUGCGCUAACUAUGGAUAUGGUGUCGGAAAUAGACCUAUUUUAUAUCACCCUUCAAUUCGAAUUAGCAAAAGCAAUGUCUCCUUGCAUAAUAUGGAUUCCAAACAUUCAUGAUCUGGAUGUGAAUGAGUCGAAUUACUUAUCCCUCGGUCUAUUAGUGAACCAUCUCUCCAGAGAUUGUGAAAGAUGUUCCACUAGAAAUAUUCUUGUUAUUGCUUCGACUCAUAUUCCCCAAAAAGUGGAUCCCGCUCUAAUAGCUCCGAAUAAAUUAAAUACGUGCAUUAAGAUACGAAGGCUUCUUAAACAACGAAAGCACUUUUUGACUCUUUCAUAUACUAGGGGAUUUCACUUGGAAAAUAAAAUGUUCCAUACUAAUGGAUUCGGGUCCAUAACCAUGGGUUCCAAUGCACGAGAUCUUGUAGCACUUACCAAUGAGGCCCUAUCAAUUAGUAUUACACAGAAGAAAUCCAUUCUAGACACUAAUACAAUUAGAUCCGCUCUUCAUAGACAAACUUGGGAUUUGCGAUCCCAGGUAAGAUCGGUUCAGGAUCAUGGGAUCCUUUUCUAUCAGAUAGGAAAGGCUGUUGCACAAAAUGUACUUCUAAGCAAUUGCCCCAUAGAUCCCUUAUGUAUGACCCGACUUACAUGUGAACUCAUGUGA